UUUGGAGAGUAGAGUAGGGCUGUCCGCGGUGAACGCAGCUGUCAUGCCGUUCAGGGAGUCACAGUAGGCACCAAGUCUUCAUUUUUUUUGGCAUUUUCCACCCUUCUUCGCUCACAUGGAGUACUGGAGGCAGUGUGCGAUGUGGCUGAUCAGCUGCAACGUGCUGCCCGCGAACCACAGAGUCACUGCGGACACGGCGCAGGUGUUCGACCUAGCGCAAACCCUGCGGGACGGGGUGCUGCUGUGCCAGCUUCUCAACAAUCUUAGAGCCCACACCAUCAACCUCAAGGAGAUCAACCUCCGGCCACAAAUGUCACAGUUCCUGUGUCUGAAGAACAUCCGUACAUUCCUGACAUCUUGCUGUGAUGUGUUUGGGAUGAAGAAAAGUGACUUAUUUGAAGCCUUCGACCUCUUUGAUGUUCGAGACUUUGGAAAGGUAAUGGACACCCUAUCGAAGCUCUCGCACACAGCGAUCGCACAGCAAGGAGGAUUCAAGCCGUUCCCGACCGAGGAGAGCCUAAAAGACGAGGACAUUUACAAUAAUCUGGAAGACUUGAUUGAUGAGAAUUCUCUGGAGGAUGAGGACGACUUGUAUGCAGCUGUUUAUGGGUUAGAGGAAGAUAACGCAGGUGGGGAGAUCUAUGAAGACCUCAUGAGGACGGAGCAACAUCCCCCUUCGAAGCAGGCAGAGUUGGAUGUCCGCAGCUGCUGCCUUACAGAGAUCAAGCAAACAGAGGAGAAGUACACAGAGACUCUGGAGUCCAUAGAGAAGUAUUUCCUAAAUCCCCUGAAGAAAUUUUUCUCUGCUGCUGAAAUCGACAAGGUUUUUGUCAACAUUCCAGACCUGGUCAAAGUUCACAAGAGCCUGAUGGUUGACGUGCAGGACUCCAUCUUAAACAAAAAUGCCUUAAAUCUCUACCAAAUCUUCAUCAACUACAAAGACAGACUGCUCAUUUAUGGGAUAUACUGUAGCCGGGUGGAGCUCGCCAUUGCUGUUUUAGACAUUAUUUGCAAAGAGAAAGAGGACGUUCGCCUAAAGCUGGAGGAAUGCUCAAAGAGAGCCAACAAUGGAAAGUUUACACUGAGAGACCUGCUGGUUGUUCCCAUGCAGAGGGUGCUCAAGUAUCACCUGCUUCUGCAGGAGCUCGUCAAACACACUCACGAUGCUGCUGACAAGACUAACCUGAAGAUCGCUCUUGAUGCCAUGAAAGACCUGGCUCAGUACGUCAACGAGGUGAAGAGAGAUAAUGAGACUCUGAGGGAGAUCGACCAGUACCAGAGGUCCAUUGAAAACCUGAAUCAGCCUCUCAUCAGCUUUGGUCGACCAAAAGGAGACGGAGAAGUGCGCAUGGUUUCCAGUCUUGACAAGAGGAAACAGGACAGACAUAUCUUUUUAUUUGAUGUGGCUGUCAUUGUCUGCAAGCGACGAGGAGACAACUAUGAGAUGAAGGACGUACUCGACCUCAACUACUUCAAAAUCACCAACAACCCCACCUCAGACAGAGAGUGCAAAAAGUGGUGCUACGGGUUUUAUGUGACACACCAGCAGGGGCACACGGGCUUUGAGCUCUUCUUUAAGACCAGAGAGUUGAAGAAGAAGUGGCUGGACCAGUUUGAAAUGGCCAUAUCAAAUAUCCGACCAGAGAAAGCCAACCACAACAACCACCAGUUCAAGAUGCAUACCUUUGAAAGAAUCACGUCCUGUAGUUUCUGUCACCUCUUACUCAGGGGCAUCUUUAACCAGGGUUAUCUGUGUCUAAAAUGCGGUCUGGGGGCUCAUAAGGAGUGUCUUGGCCGCCUGGGACUGUGUGGGAGAACAGAUCCUGCCAAACCGAAGUCCAAGGAAAGUACAGCACCAGCAGACCCAGGUCUACCCAGGAUGGUUGUGAUCAGAGACUACAGUGGCGUCCCCUGUCCCCACUGCGGGCCCCCACUAAGCAUUCAUGCGGGGGAUGUCAUUGAACUGAUGUUUGCCGACCUGCACAGCUCCUGGUGGCAGGGCAAAAUUCUGGCAACAAGCAAGAUUGGCUUCUUUCCAAGUGAUGCUGUGAGGCCUUGCCCGUGUGUUCCAAAACCUGUUGAUUACUCUGCACAGCUCUGGUUUGCAGGGCCGAUGGAGAGAUAUCAGGCCGAGGUGGAGCUGCUGGACCGAGGAAACAGUACCUAUCUGGUUCGACACAGGAGUAAAGAGUUCACCGAAUACGCCAUCAGCAUAAAGUUCAACGAAAAAGUCAAGCACAUUAAGAUUCUGACCAAGGAUGGCUGCUUUUACAUCGCCGAGAGCCGGCUGUUCAAGACCAUUCUGGACUUGGUGGAAUACUACAAGCAGCACUCUCUGAAGGAGGGCUUCAGCAGUCUUGACACCACACUGCAGACCCCCUUCAGGGAACUUUCCAAUGGAAACGUGCCCAAGGCCAUCACCAGGGCCAGCACUGUGUUUUCCCCCAGGGUGGUGGGUAUUGCAGUAGCACGCUACGACUUCUGCUCCAGAGACACUCGGGAGCUCUCUCUGCUGCAGGGUGACAUCAUCAAGAUCUACACCAAGAUGUCCAACGGAUGGUGGAAAGGAGAGGUCGACGGCAGGAUGGGCUGGUUUCCCUCUACCUAUGUGGAAGAAGAGGACUGACCUUGCAGGAUUAAGCGUCCAUUCAACACUGACCACCUCGAGUGAGCGCCACUCUCUCAGCUCAGCCUCUCUCUGUGCCCUGCGAGUCUGAUCUCUUUGAUAAAACCCAGCGACUCAGACUGAAGAGGAAGCGACAGUGCCCUCAAAAACCUUCUCCUGCCCUCUCUGACAGACUCUCACAGUGAGCAGAUGUCAAAUCGCUGAUUCCAGGAGCGUCGCGCCAUAUCUUGCCUUUCCAUGGCCCCGUCUGCCCCCGCGGCCAACUGGGGUGUGCAUGUGCUGUGCCCAGAUAACCCUCCCCUUCUCCCCUCCUUCAUUCUCACCUGGUCUCAUUAUUGAUGACUCCAUCAAAUGGGUGUGAGACUCGCCUUUACUGUCAUCAUGUUUUGAUACCAGGAAGUCUCAGUCACCCAACUGGAACACAGCUCCUGCUGAUGGCUGCAGCCCAGGUACUCCAGCACAUUGAGAUGCAGGAGCUUGAGGAGCUUUAACUUUUCUUGAAACACUUUUCAGACUUUUUUGUUCAAAGUUCUCUCUGAGACCCUGUUCAUUUUUAUUUUUCUAAGGAGUCUAAUAUGAGAUUAUAUUUAAAUGCCAUUGCCAAUACAUGACUUACCAUUUUCCAGAAAGACAGUUGAAAGAUUUCAGAACCCCAGCAUGAAGGACUGAUGUUAUCCACAUAUGAGCUGUGCACAGUCUUAAUGACCACAAGUCUUGUUUCUCCUGAAAGAGAGACACCUCUACACGAUGUUGUUGAUCCUGGAAUCCACUGCUGAUAAAGUUAUCUGAGCUUUGAA